AUGCUAGACACCUUGGUCAUUCGGCGUUACUAUUUGCCUCCUCAUACUAGGGGCCUUUGUCUUGUCAACGGCCAACAGCCGGCGUACAUGAUCCAACGCCAGAUGUUUGGCAGCAGUAUCGCCAUUGUGAAAACACGCGAGCCGAACCCAAUGCUCGGGCACCCCCCCAGCACGCACUCCAUAUACAUGGACGCUAGCAUGCCUCACCAUGCACGUCUCCGGACCGAAACACCCACUCCACAUAUACGCCCACAAUGCGGAGCUUCUCUGCAAAUUUCAGGUCACGUUAAGACUCGAAGAAAAAAAAAUCCUUCUCGCACCAAUGGACGGGGGCUGUUCUACGUGCAGCCUAGCAUCUGCUGCUUGGGGAUUUCCGGGACGCCAAACCCAGAUGAGCCAAGGCAAUCCCUCAGCCGCGCCGCCUUGCUGCGCUGA